AUGGCGCUCUCAGGGCUCACAGCGCGCGUGGUAUAUAAGUGCGCGAUGUGUGGGCGUGUUUUGUUUCUUGAGGUCUUAUUUCAGAACUGCUCUUACCUGUAUUCAAUGAAGCUUCCCCUGCCAAUCGCACUGGCACAAUUUAUUGUUUCGUGCAGCGCCAAGCCAUCCGAGCUCACCUACAAGGAGAUAGACUAUGUUGCGUACUCUUGCAUGUACACACUUAGCAGCACAGCUGCAUGGUGUAGCAGUGAUCUGUAUGGGCUAAGCUGUUACUGCACGGAUGACAACGCGAUGGGGUCGUUCUUAUAUUGUGUGCACGAGUUCCUGGAGACCAAGAACCCCGAUACGGUCGAGGAGUGGGUAUAUCCGCAGUGCGCCAACUCUACAGUCGAGGGACUGAAGCAAAUCUACGAAAAUUCAACCAAUUAUAUGGUAAACACCUCUGAGGUCCCGGGCUUCAACAUCUCCGUCCCCGUCGACUUUCCGGUCUACGUGAAUGCGACAAUGUAUCAGUACAAUUACAUGACGUAUAACGCGUUCUGGGGUAACUUGAAGCACGCGAAUUUUAUGGGCACGGGCGCAGUAGCCUACUGGGGCCUAGUGUUCUUGUGUGGCACCAUCUCCUCAAUGAUGCACCGGUUUGCCCCUAGGCUGACAUUAAGUUUGAACAAAAAAUCAUCGCAGCUGUGGAUUGUCCGCUGGUAUAGAAAAAAUGUGUCGCUACCGGCGGCAUUCGGCACCGUGCACACCAAAAGAAACUUUGCCUUGGGACUUCUUCCCACGCGGUUGGAAUCGCUUAUCAUUUUUGGUUUCUUUGUGAUGGUGCUACUGUUCCAAGCAGUGAACAUCAAACGGACUAUGAACAACACCUUCUUCCCCGAAAAAGUUCAAGAAAUUUCCCGUUAUGUGGGAGAUCGCAGCGGUGUUAUUGCCAAUUACCUGAUGACGCUAACGUACUUGCUCGCUGGUCGUAACCAAAUAUUUAUGUGGCUCACGGGCUGGAAGCAGUCAACUUUCAUGACCUACCAUAAAUGGGUGGGCCGCUUCCUAUUUCUAACAGUAUUCACCCACACUAUUUCGAUGCUUAUGUACACUUAUGCGGAAGAUGCGUACGAGUAUUACUCAGGCAGCCAAUGGUGGAGGUACGGUGCGGCAGCCACCGUCGCGGGUGGCACCAUGUUUCUUCAAGCUUUCAGUUGGUUGCGAGAAAAAAACUACGAAGUGUUCCUCUAUGUCCACAUCGCGAUGGCAAUCGUGUUUUUGCUUGGCGCUUGGAAGCACAUUGAGAUAUUUGACUAUCAAGAGUGGGCUUACGCAACGCUCGCUAUAUGGGCUUUUGAUAGAGUUGUGAGGCUUGUCCGUAUUUUCUCCUUUGGCGUCAAGACAGCCAAAGUGUGUAUUGUUUCAAACGAGACCCUGCAGGUGACUGUCGACAGAGGCUCUUGGUGGCCUUUCUUUCCUGGCGCUUUUGGCUAUGUGCACUUUUUGAAAACGUCCAUUUUUUGGCAAUCGCAUCCGUUUACUGUUUGCAAGACUGACAAUAACGAGCUCAGACUCUACAUCAAAAUUAAACGCGGUGUAACUGAAAUACUUUACAAGCAAUUGCUCAACGAACCUAAUUAUACCGGUGAGGUCAAAAUCGCUGUUGAAGGUCCAUAUGGCGACAAGAAGCCCGCCAAGUCCUAUGAACAAGUGCUUCUGUAUAGCGGCGGUAAUGGAAUCCCAGGUCCUUAUGCAUAUGCUAAAGAACUUGGUGUCACCGCUAACACCCAAAAGACGCAAUUCGUAAAACUGUAUUGGGUGAUAAGACACUGGAAUUCUCUCGACUGGUCUUUGGAGGAGCUUCAGGCCCUUCAAAAAUACACUAAUAUCCAGACGGUCAUAUAUGUAACCAAGGCUCACGAGGUUAAAUUUGGUGACAAGCUCUUGCCCCAUUUUGAGCCUAGUUGCUCAAGCUCUUCCAUUGCGGAAAAGGAUUCUGCAGUCGCGAUAACAAGCGCUGCCUAUAACGAUGUGCUUCAGAAAGUUUUGCCUCACAUUGAAUUUAGGGAAGGCAGACCAGUAAUCUCCGAUGUUGUUAGAGAAGACAUCGAAGACUGCCAAGAUAAGAAUACAGCACUUAUCACUUGCGGUCACAGUGACAUGUGCGAUGAAAUUAGACAAGUAAUUGCUGUUAAAGUUGGAGACCAUAAAACAAGUAGGAUUGAUCUCUUCGAGGAGCUCCAAACAUGGUAA